CAAAACAUUGGGGGAACUUCUUCAGCCAUGUUUGAGUAUUCUUUACUGAAGGGACAUGAAAGGGAGGGGGAACUCUCAUGAUGAAUAACCAAUGGAAUGUUUGUUGUGUCCAGCAGCAAUUCUCUAUAUACUGCUGUGUUUUGGCCUGCCUCAAAGUCAAGGUAAUAAUGAAUUUCAUGACAUAAAACUUAAAGUUUCCAUGAAUCGUGCUCUUAAGCAGCUGUUACUGGAGUGGGAUGUUAGUGAUGAUAUGAAAUCAUCUGGCUCUGAAGUAGACACGGUUUUUAACAUCCAGAUUUAUCGAAGUGAAGAGCAUUAUAUUGUCGUCAAUGAGAAUUUUACAACAAAACUCAGUAAAUCAAAUCAACCUCUGACCUGGACCUGGACUUCUGAUGUGCCAUUGGAGUGUUUGCCUCAUGGAGUAAGAAUCCGAAGCAUGGUAGCAUUUUCUAAAACUUGGAGUAAAUGGACUGCAUGGGAGAUAAAAGAUGGCAUGGACUUCCUGGAUAACGGAAGGAGUUACAUCUUCCCAGCAUACGAGGUUAUGGAAAAGGGUACCAGUAUUACGAUGUGCUGCAUUGGAAAAAGGAAUGAGCUAUUAAGAGGAUAUUAUUUUGAUAGAAAAACAUGUUGGGAUACAGAACAAAAAAGGAUAACAUUUACUGAAAUGAAUGUUCCAACUUCACUAUAUGGUGGCAUCAAUGUGAUUUGUAUUUUUGAUAAACCAAGUGAAAAUAUAGGAACUAGUCUCUAUGUGACCAGUAAGCCUGAUAAACCCAAAAACCUUCACUGUGAAACGGAAGACAUGACUGAGUUAAAGUGUACAUGGGAUCCAGGUCAAAUAAAAAAUUAUGCUAACCUUGAUCCGGCAAAAUGUGCAGCAAAUUUCACUUUGUCUGAUGUGUCUAAUGGACAGACAUACUACACUUAUCAAGAUGAAUGCACAUCAGGUAAAUUCAGGAUAACUGGUGAGCAAAUGAGAUAUCAUUUACGACUGACAACCCAAAAUUGUUUUGGAAAAGAACAGACAGAUGUUACAGUUGAUGUAUCCCACAGGAGUAGACUGGGACCCUAUGCAGAACAGACAAAUAUCCUGGACCCUGGAACCACUGAACCAUAGGGUUUCUGUCUUGCACGGAUUCUGAGCCAAUCAACUGGCCCUCAUCUACCUUUUCUCUCAGCUGAGAUACUCACUGAAAUUUCAUCAAUUCCGAGGGGGAAAUUGUUAAGAAGGUUAUUGGAAAUGAAUAUCUGUUUGGAUGGGUUAUCAGUGGAAUACUUAUUGGAAGACUGGAACCCACACAUUACCAAGCUAAUGGCCAAUUUUUUGGUGGAGGCAACAAGUUUAUGGAUAAAAUUUUAAUAACGAUCCUGAAGUUUUAUUGUAAAUGUAUGUUGUUGUUGUAUGCCUAAUAAAG